UUUAUUUUUUUCUUUUUUUUGGGAAAGAAUUUUUCCAUAUAUAUAUACUGGACUUGCCAUAAUCUGUUACAACCAUCAAUUCUAAAGAAAGCAAAACAGAACAGAAAUGGCAAGCUCUGAAUCUUUAUUGCCGGUCACUUCCCAACAAGAUCCAUUAUCCGAUUCAAAAUCCGUCCCGAUCCGGGAGACCUGUCGAAGAAGAACCAUCAAAGUCCAUCUCGCCGUCUUUUCCGGUUUUCUAUUGAUCGCUUUGUACGUUGCUCUCAUCGUCACACACGACGGAUCCGCAAGCAAAAAUGGCGCCACUGACGAAACGACGGUGGAGUCACGUGCUCGUUUGGCGGGCGUGUCGGAGAAGGGAAAUCCCGAUGAUCGGAAAACGGAAGCGUUCUCGUGGAACAAUACUAUGUUGUCGUGGCAACGAACGGCGUUUCAUUUCCAACCUGAGAAAAAUUGGAUGAACGGUAUGAACAAAAAGAAGACUAUAUUACUACUAGUCAUAUGGUUAUUUAAUUAAUCAUUAUUGAUUUCGUAUAUAUAGAUAGCUAAAAUAAUUAAAAAGUGGAAACACUUUUUUCCCGAACAACACCAAAAGAAUGUUCAAUUUCCUCUUUUUCUAUAGAUUUUUGUAUUUAGUAACGGUUUGUAUAUUUAGAUCAUAAUUUAAGAGCAAGAUUGAAGUAAUAUUAAGCAAGACUGAUAUCCAAUAUUUGCAAUUUCAAGGAAGAUUAACCAUGUUUAUUUCAUAUUUAAUUUACUGUUUUGUGUUCUAUUUUUUUGUUUGCUCAAUCCGAUGGCGUCUGUGAAUGGCAACAUUUUGGCUUCUCCGUCUUCAGAUCCUAAUGGUCCACUGUUCUAUAAGGGAUGGUACCAUUUCUUCUAUCAGUACAACCCAAAUGCAGCCGUGUGGGGAGACAUUGUCUGGGGUCACGCCGUCUCAAAGGACCUUAUCCACUGGCUUUACCUCCCAUUAGCCAUGGUUCCUGACCAGUGGUAUGACGCUAAUGGCGUUUGGACCGGUUCAGCCACUUUCCUCGACGAUGGCUCCAUUGUCAUGCUCUACACCGGUUCCACGGACAAAUUCGUACAGGUCCAAAACCUUGCCUAUCCUGAGGAUCUUAGCGACCCACUUUUGUUGAAAUGGACCAAGUACUCCGGCAACCCGGUUCUCGUACCGCCUCCAGGUAUCGGUGCAAAGGACUUCCGUGACCCAACAACGGCGUGGAAGACAUCGGCCGGAAAAUGGCGGAUCACAAUCGGCUCAAAAAUCAAUAGAACCGGAAUAUCUCUCGUUUACGACACUACAGAUUUCAAAACCUACGAGAAACACGAUACCUUGUUGCACCAAGUCCCAAACACUGGAAUGUGGGAGUGCGUUGACUUUUAUCCGGUGUCGAAGACUAAAGUCAAGGGUCUUGACACUUCAGUGAAUGGACCGGAUGUGAAGCAUAUCAUAAAGGCUAGCAUGGACGAUACUAGAAUUGACCAUUAUGCUAUUGGUACAUACUAUGAUUCUAAUGCAACAUGGGUCCCGGAUAAUCCUAUUAUUGAUGUUGGGAUUAGUAUCGCUUUGAGAUAUGAUUACGGCAAAUUUUACGCGUCAAAGACGUUUUACGAUCAACAUAAGGGACGAAGAAUCUUAUGGGGCUGGAUCGGUGAAUCUGACAGCGAAUCCGCUGAUGUACAAAAGGGCUGGUCUUCUGUUCAGGGGAUCCCAAGAACUGUUGUCUUGGACACAAAGACGGGGAAAAACUUGGUCCAGUGGCCAGUUAAGGAAAUCGAAUCAUUGAGAUUGACCAGUAAGAAAUUCCACAUGAAGGUUGGACCAGGGACGGUGGUUCCGGUCGAAGUUGGUCCCGCCGCUCAGCUAGACAUAGAAGCUGAGUUCAAGAUCAAGAAAGACAAUCUCGAAGUAAUCUUUGGAGAUGACUCUGUGACAGACGACAAGGAAUUUAGCUGCGAAACCAGUGGUGGCUCCACCGUACGUGGGGCUUUAGGGCCUUUUGGGUUCUCGGUUCUCGCUGACCAAAGCCUGUCGGAACAAACUCCGGUUUACUUUUAUGUGACUAAGGGAAAAGAUUCAAAACUCAAGACUUUCUUCUGCACUGACACCUCAAGGUCAACCAAGGCAAACGAUGUUGUGAAACCGGUAUACGGAAGCUUCGUACCGGUCUUAAAAGGAGAGAAGUUGACCAUGAGAAUCUUGCUGGAUCAUUCGAUAGUAGAAGCAUUUGGACAAGGUGGAAGAACAUGUAUUACUUCAAGGGUAUAUCCAACAAAAGCUAUCUAUGGAGCUACAAAACUGUUCUUGUUCAACAACGCCAUUGAUGCAACCGUUACGGCGUCGUUUAGGGUCUGGCAAAUGAACGGUGCUUUUAUUCGUCCUUACUCUGCGGAUGAUGUCGAUGCUCCUUCCCGCACCUGAUUAUUUACAAAUAAUAAGAGAAUUUUCUCUCUUUUUUUUUGGUUUAGUUUUUUGAUUGUUGUCAUAUAAUGGGUCUGAUUUGAUCUGUCAUAUCUGUGAUUCAUUUAUCAUGUGAGUGAAGAGAAAGAAAAAAAGUAAUAUUGUUUUCUCAUUUAAAAAAAUCGGAUUUGUUCAUUGAUCAUUGAAGGGAAAAUUAACAACAGA